AUGGUAAGAGUGAUCGAUUCCGCCGACCAUGAUUGGUGGUGGGGAGAAUGUAACAACCGAGAAGGCUGGUUUAGUACUGCAUUUGUUCGCGUAGUAGAAGAAUCGAGCCACCCUUUGGAUUUGUACAAAGCGGUCAAAACACAGAGUGCUCAAACGGCAAAUCCCUACGACAGCAGAUUCCAGCCUAAAAUAUGCGAGGAUGACUCGACAAAAGCGACAGUGGCCAAUUUGGCCGCAAGAUUCAAGGGACUACUUGAUGAAAUCAACGAAGAGAAGAAAUCAAACGAAGUCUUCCUUGAAAUCGAUACUUGGCAAAAUAAGGUCCACCAAUGGACAGGCCCUUCUCUCAAGCACACUUCGUCAGAACUGGUAUUUUACUCAGAAGGCAUUUUGUAUCAAUCAGCAGUACGAGAAUCCGUCAUGCUUUACCUUUUCGACAACCAGCUCGUUUUCUGCGCUAGGACGGGUGAUGGCGGGCUCAAGCUCAAAAAUCGCUUCGACCUAGCACGGACGACGUUCUCUUGCGAAAAUGGUCUCUUUAGAAUUUAUGAAAAGCAGGACGGACUUAAAAGCUGUGCGCUAAUGCAGGUGUAUAUCAAGAACAAGAAAGAUAGAGAGAAGUGGCAGUAUUUGCUCAAGUUGGAGAUUGGAUUCGCGAAGAUAAAGGAAUGGUUUUGA